GAUGUUACCGUGGUGACGUGAAGACGCUUUGCGUUAAAUCCUCUUACACAGCGACUGAGUUUCAGUCAAUAUUAUCGAAGGAAAAUCAUAUUAACUUUGGUUUAAUUCGCUUAUAAACCACUGGCAGUAAGGACUGAUCAUGGCGUCGGUGUUAGACGCACUCUGGGAGGACAGAGACGUGAGAUUUGACAUCACUCCGCAGCAGAUGAAAACCAGACCAGGUGAAGCGCUCAUUGACUGCUUGGAUUCAAUUGAGGACACAAAGGGAAAUAAUGGUGAUAGAGGAAGACUCCUGGUGACCAAUUUGAGGAUAAUCUGGCAUUCAUUGGCACUGCCAAGAGUCAAUUUGUCUGUGGGAUACAACUGCAUUAUUAAUAUCACCACGAGGACAGCAAAUUCAAAACUGAGAGGUCAGACUGAAGCACUUUACAUAUUAACCAAAUCUAAUAACACUAGAUUUGAGUUCAUAUUCACCAAUGUGGUCCCAGGAAGUCCAAGACUGUUUACGUCUGUCAUUGCUGUUCACAGAGCUUAUGAGACUUCCAAAAUGUAUCGGGAUCUGAAGCUAAGAGGAGCUCUUAUUCAAAAUAAGCAGCUGAGGCUUUUGCCACAGGAGCAGGUUUAUGACAAAAUUAACGGAGUCUGGAACCUGUCUAGUGAUCAGGGUAAUCUUGGAACGUUUUUCAUUACUAAUGUGAGGAUAGUGUGGCAUGCCAACAUGAAUGAAAGCUUUAACGUCAGCAUUCCCUAUCUGCAAAUUCGCUCGAUAAGGAUUAGAGACUCUAAAUUUGGACUUGCUCUUGUGAUUGAGAGCUCUCAACAGACAGGAGGAUAUGUGUUGGGAUUCAAGAUCGAUCCAAUGGACAAGUUACAAGAUGCAGUGAAGGAAAUCAACUCCUUACACAAAGUGUACUCAGCAAACCCCAUUUUUGGUGUGGAAUAUGAGAUGGAAGAAAAGCCUCAGCCUCUGGAGGAGCUGACCGUCGAGCAGCCGCCUGAUGACGUGGAGAUUGAGCCAGAUGAGCACACAGACGCUUUUACAGCUUAUUUUGCAGAUGGAAAUAAGCAACAUGAUCGUGAGCCGGUGUUCUCUGAAGACCUCGGUCUGGCUAUAGAGAAGUUAAAAGAUGGAUUUACACUACAGGGACUCUGGGAAGUCAUGGGUUAAAACGCUCUGUACCAUUAGAUAUUUUGGCACUGCAUUGUUUACAUCCAAUAUAAAGAAUUUUUAAUUAUCAAAAUGUCAAAUUGUAUUUAUUUUCAGAAUAUUUUUAGAAAUUUGAUAAUGACAUGUUUACAAAUUAAAUGUGAACCAUGUGUUAGUUAGGAAAAAUGCUGGAAAAAAUUUAAAGUUACAUCAGUCAAAAGUUUUUGAACAGUAAGAUUUUUUUAUGUUUUUUAAAGAAGUCUCUUCUGCUCGCCAAGCCUGCAUUUUUGAUCCAAAGUACAGCAAAAACAGUACAAUUUUAAAAUAUUUUUACUAUUUAAAAUAACUUUUCUAUUUGAAGUUUUCUAUUUGAAUAUAUUUUAAAAUUCCUGUGAUUUGAAGUCACAUGAUUUUUCAAAAAUCAUUCUAAUAUUCUGAUUUCCUUGUUAUGUUGAAAACAGCUGAGUAGAACUUUUUCAGAUUUUUUUGAUGAAUAGAAAUUUCAGAAGAACAUCAUUUAACUGAAACAGACAUCUUUUGUAACAUUACAAAUGUCUUUACCAUCACUUUUGAUCAAUUUAAAGCAUCUUUGCUAAAUAAAAGUAUUAAUUUCUAUAUUUUUUCCCCCCAAAAUGUUACAAUAGCUUCAAAAUGUUACAAAAGCUUUUUAAAUAAAAUUCAGAUCUUUGGAUCUUUCUAUUCACGAAAGAAUCCUGAAAAAAAUGUACUGUUAGCUGUUUUAAAUAUUGAUAAUAAUAAUAAAUGUUUCUUGAAUUGCAAAUCAGCAUAUUAGAAUGAUUUCUGAAGAAUCACGUGACACUGAAGACUGGAGUAAUGAUGCUGAAAAUUCAGCUUUGAUCACAUGAAUAAAUUACACUUUCAAAUAUAUUCAAAUAGUAAGCAGUUAUUUUAAAUUGAAAAAAAUUUCACAAUAUUACUGUGUUUGCUAUACUUUGGACCAAAUAAAUGCAGGCUUGGUGAGCAGAAAAGGCAUCUGUAAAAAACAUUACAAAUCCUUUGACUGGUAGUGUAUAUAUGUAUUAAAUAUUAAAUAAUAUUUGUAUAUUAGAAAGAACUUUACGUGCUUAUUUUGCUGUUGUGUUGUAAUAAAAGUAGGAGAGAACAUGA